AUGCCGAAGAUUGUCAUAACUGGUAUUGAUCCACAUUUCUUCAAUAGUGAACGCCCGAAUCGGUUUGCUAUUUGUUCGAAGGUGGCGUCGUCUCAUCUCGAUCAGUUCGAUGACGCCGUACCUUAUCCUUCUUGUCUGCGCGAUAAAAUCUUUUAUCGAGAACUUAGAUGCAAAUGUGCGUGCAUUGUAGGUCACUCACCAUUGUCCUUGGCGAUUUAG